AUGGAUCAUAGAGAUUUGAGGAUGAAAAAAAUCGAAGAAUUCAUCAUUGAUUUGAGUAGAUUUGAGGCAUUUCCUGAAGAAACAAAGGUCGAAAUUGUGUUCAAGGGAUUGAAAAGACACAGUAUCACCUUAAACGCAACAAAACUAAGCUUCCCAAACAAACCAGAAAAGUUCUUCAAUGAUAACUCUUCUGGAACCUUGCCCUGGCACCUCUUCCACCGAACUUCUUGGGUUCGCACCUUCUCGGAUCAGCCACCAGCAAAGUCCUAUCGUAAAGAAGAUGAUCAACGAGAGAAUAAUACCCAUCAUCGAGAGGUUAUCGAUACCUUAAAGAAGCUCGAGACCGAGCUCGAGGAAACAAAGGCGGAGCUGAAGCUGCUGAAGGAAAGGGAAUCCGAAACAGAGAUUGCGUUGGCUUCAUUAAACGCUGAACUCCAUAAAAACAUGUCGAAGUUGGCUAUAGCCGAGGAUGCUGCAGCUAAAAAGGCGGCGGAUACUACGUCGAUGCCGAGGACGGUGAGUUUGGAGAUGGGGAAGGGAGAAGAUAUAGCGAGUGAAGAAGCUAGAAGAAAGGAGUUGAUGAAACGAAAGGAGAAUAACCCGACGUUGUCUCAGAUACUGAGUAUAGGUGAAAAAGAAGGGUAUUUUGCAGGGAAAAGAGAGACGAAAUUGAUGAAGAAGAAGCCCAUUGUUCCUCUAGUGGGUGGUUGGAUUUUCAAGAAGAAAUUGAUAAUAUACAUGUUGAUGUAG